UCCUAAUAAGAAGCAACGUGGCAACGCGACAGUGUUCGCUGUGUUUGGAGUUUCUAUCCUCGUGUUGUUCUCGCUUUGCUUCUCGUACAUUUCCGUUGUCGCAAUGUCGACAUAAAGAGAAAGGUGAAAGACUGAAUUUCACAUUACAAACCGUAGUUUCGGAGUUUAGUUUCCUUUUUAAUUGUAACAGCUGACGGCAACGAAAGGUUAUGUAUCCGCGAUGAUCGCGUCGUCAGCAACGACUCGACGUCGACCAGCGUGAGUAUCACUCGCUCGUCCACCGUUGUUUCUCCGGGAAUUUGAUCGUCGUCGAUGCGAUCUCACGUCGCGCGCGUCCAUUCGUCCACGAUAUGCGGUGACAAGCGGAGAUUCUAACCUAAUCGGUGAUAACCUUGAAAAUCACUAAGCGGUGCGUGAACGUGGCACGAGCGUAAAUAUUCGUUGCUGACUCACUCAUAUGGAUGUUAAUAUGAGGAGAAAACUCGACAAGGAGGAUCGGUCUACGGAGGAUGGCGUCGUCGAUUCGAGUAGCAGUCAGGAACCCUCUGAUCUGCGAGGGGACGAGAAGAAUAUUGCGAUUUUAUUCUUCUUGUAUCUGCUGCAGGGUAUCCCAUUGGGAUUAUGCGGCUCCAUCCCCAUGCUGUUGCAGAACAGAGGAGUUUCCUAUCGGCAACAGGCAGAAUUUAGUUUUGUACAAUGGCCGUUUUCGUUGAAACUCUUUUGGGCGCCCAUAGUAGACUCCAUUUUUUCCCAAAAGUUUGGAAGAAGAAAAACUUGGUUGAUUCCUACUCAGUAUUUAAUGGGUUUAUUCAUGCUUCUUUUGUCAAAUUACGUAGACCAUUGGUUGGGAAAGGAACAUGAAAAGCCCAAUAUUGAAUUGUUGACUGCAUUAUUUUUCUCCUUAAAUGUACUCGCCGCGACUCAGGAUAUUGUAGUAGAUGGAUGGGCACUUACAAUGCUUAAAAGGUGCAACGUCGGCUAUGCGUCUACCUGCAACAGCGUCGGCCAAACAGCGGGCUACUUUAUUGGCUAUGUUUUAUUUAUUUCUCUGGAAUCUGCUGAAUUUUGCAACAGUUACUUGAGGUCGAUCCCUUCUGAUGAAGGCAUACUAACUCUGCCUGGAUUUUUAUAUUUUUGGGGCUGGACGUUUAUUAUUACAACAACGUUUAUUGCGUUAUUCAAACAUGAAGAUAAAGGUAGAGUUUCAAAGGGUGAAGAGCUGAACACGGAUAUUAAGCAUGCAUACAAGCUGCUAUGGGAUAUAGUUAAAUUACCAGCCAUAAAGACCACGAUUAUAUUUCUCUUGACUGCAAAGAUCGGAUUUUCCGCAUGCGAUGCUGUAACCAGUUUAAAGCUUAUAGAAGCCGGUUUUCCUAAAGAAAAGUUUGCUUUUAUGGCCGUACCCAUGAUACCGUUACAAAUAAUUUUACCAUUAAUAAUCUCGAAAUAUACCGCUGGACCCAGACCUAUGGAUGUUUACAUGAAAGCUAUGCCUUAUAGGUUGGCUUUUGGCUUAAUAGCGGCGUUUUUGGUGUGGGUUACACCAUUCAUUGUAAUUAAUGGAUAUGUUCCAGUUUAUUAUUUUGUGAUAUUGAUAGGCUUAUACUUUAUACAUCAGAUUUCUGCGAGUAGUAUGUUUGUGGCAUCGAUGGCUUUCUUCGCAAAAGUGAGCGAUCCGGCAGUUGGCGGAACAUACAUGACAUUACUGAAUACUUUGUGCAAUCUUGGUGGAAAUUGGCCUGCCACGGCUGCGCUUUGGUUUGUCGAUCCCUUAACAUUUAGACAAUGCAGUACCGAUUAUGCAAAUGACUGUAGCACAAUUACGGAGAGAGAGCUCUGUGCGAAUACCAAUAAUGGUGUUUGUGUUAUGCAACUUGAUGGUUACUACAUAGAGAGCAUUCUCUGCUUAAUCAUAGGUUUCUCCUGGCUUAGAUGGGGUCGUAGAAAAAUUAAUAUAUUACAAGCGAAACCGAUGUCCGCUUGGAAAAUUAUACUUACCCGUAACAACAGGUAACAUAUCAGCACAGUGUUAUAAAUUCAUUAACAUUGGUACCUGUAAAAUUAUUAGGAAAUUCUCUUCAACGUGCCGUUGCAUAUACAGUGUAUCCACUGUAGUUCCUCUAGAUCAGAUCGAAUUAUUAGGGUAAUUUAUUAUAAUUUACCCGUAACAAUUAACCAUUACUGUUUAUGCUGGUACCAUAAAGAAUGUCCACAUUGAGAUGUGUUUAAAGAAAUUAAUAACUUUGUGAUUAUUAAGGUAAAGUCUACUCUAGUUUAUUUAACGAUCGUGUUGAUUCACGGAUUCCCGUAGGAACUAUAUGGACACACUAUAUAUUUACCCAUAUGUGGGGCAUGUGCAUACAUCAUUUCCUAUACAUUUACCAAGUGUUCCAGUUUAGAGAAUGUGCGCGAAGUGAAUCGAUAACGAUCCAUUUGCCUCGAGAGGCAAUAUCUAUUAUAAAAUAUAUAUAGUACAGAGCCCACGAAGACAAAACUUAAUAUAAUAUCAUAUAAUGUCAAAUGAAUAACAUUCCGUGCAUAAUUGAAAUGAUCUCUAAUUGUUGUCAUCCUUAUUUCAU